AUGCGAGGUGCCGAAACUGGUAAUGCCUACGGGCCUGACCAUGCCCUUGUUCGCACGCGCCUGAAGGUUCACCUCUCAUCUGCGCCCAAAUUGCCACGUGCGAGACGCCUUGAUGUCGCAAAGCUCCGGCACCCCAACAAUACCGAGGCCCUAAGCACAGAAAGCCGGUCCCGUCUUACGACCCAAGCUGACAUCGAAGACAGUAGCAGAUGUGGUAAGCCCUCGACACUCUGUGAUUCUGUUCGCGAUGUGAAUGACGGGUUUAUUGCUGACAAUUCGGCCAAGGUCGAUCACUGGCGUGAACACUUCAAGCACCUCCACAACUUUGAUGAACAACCCAUCACAUCUUCCCCCUCCUCCACAGCGGAGAUUCAACCCUCUCCUGCCUACGCAGUGUCGUGUGACUCCCCUUCCGAAGACGAAGUGGCUGAUGCAAUGCAGAGGUUGCGUACCAACAAGGCGUGCAGAGAGUACGGUAUUUCCGCAGAAAUCUACAAGUCCUGUGUCGACACCCUGGCUCAUCGGCUUCAUGCGGUGAUUGUACAGGCGUGGCGAGAAGAGGCCGUUCCCGAUGACUGGGGCUCAGGCAUCCUUGUACCUGUCCAUAGAAGGGGAUAUAAGACAAAAUGCGAAAACUACCACGGCAUAAGUCUUAUCAACGUUGCUGCAAUUGUCUUCGCUAUUGUUCUUCUCACGUACUUCCAGUCUUUACGUGACUCCAGGACACGGCCCACCAAAGCCGGAUUCCGUGCUGGGCGUAGAUGUGCGGAUCAGAUGUUUACGCUGAGGCGCAUUCUAGAAUUCCGCUAUAGCUAA